CUGUAACGCAGUCGGCUCUCAUGUCGCUGUCCUGGAGCUGAAUCUCCUAGCAACACAGACCUGUUUACCUACAAAACCACAACAAGACUGAGAGCUGAGCUGACAUCCUGGACUCACAGCCCUGUGCACAUGUCCAGAGGAUUUUUGCAAUCCAUCAUUGUUGUCACUGAAGGUUUCCAUUACAGCAGUCACAUAUGGCUGAGCAGAGGAGGACAGUCAUGUCAACUGUUGGAGCAACAGGCAGCAGGGGACGACUGGCCAGCAACACAGGCAAACUCUACAACACUUCCUGUGGUGGGACUGGCUUCACAGCAAACCAGAGGCCUGCAAUAUAUUACAAGCCCAGUUUGGACCACACUGACAACCCUCACUUUGGACUCCUGUUAUCUGACAGUUUCGUGUCUCAAACUCAGCGGGACUACCAGCCUCACAUCCGGUCUGAUUGUUCAGGGUCUUUGCCGAACAUCGUUAGCAAACCGAGAGCGAGCGGCUUCCAUCAGCUGAGGAGUCAUCAAACAACAGUGACUGAGGAGGGGAAGACAGAAUACCGAAACGCAUUCGUGCCACAUCAUCUCACACCAGCAGUUUCUCAUAACCAUGUGACUGUGGGGCCAAAAGGAGAAAGUGGUUUCACUGAGGGAGCAGAGCUUCAGCUAAACACAUUUCAGGAGAGAAAACAAUGCCCAGUUGAACCUCACCAGACUCACAGCUCAGUGAUGAAAAGUGACUUCACGCCGCCGUCUAUUCUGCAGGGCACUGAGGACAGACCAGGCGUGUGCAGCCGUUCCUCUCGAGAAACAGGAUUCACUCGAGGUGCCGUUGCCCCCCUGGCCUGUCCGUCUUCUCUUCUGCCGUCACCCCAAAGUAAUAGUAAUGCACCAACUCAGAUAACCAUUGGAAAAAAGCAGCCCACAGGGUUUGUUCUCAAUGCUCCAAACAAUCAGGUUUUCCCUAUCACUCCUUUUGAUGGAUCACACUUCACUACACAUUAUAAGAGCAUGUUCUGUCAUCGUGCUGAUUUUGAAAAAGUGAAAUCUGUGGGAAUCAUCAGUACAAAAAUGGACAGCGGUUACAACCGCCGAGACCUGGACAGGUUCAUCUUAAAGGGUUAAACCUUCAUAUGCCUUGGGUGGUACCUGCAUGACAAUCACAAAAAUAAAAACUGCAGUUUUCUUGUUAA